AUGGGGAGUCAGGUGGUAUAUGCUGAUUUAAACUUACCCAGGGAUUCUGGCAUUGAAAGGUCAUCACCUCCAUCUCAUCUUCAGAUGAUACUCAUAAGACAAAAUACAUCAAUAGAAAAAACCAGCAUGGAUGCUCAAGAGAACGGGAAGGAAGCAACAGAGAGACCAGUUCUGUUAAGGUGUCCAAUGCACUGGCAACAAAUCCGAGAUAAAUGCUUAUAUUUUAUUGAAACUUCCAAACCUUGGGAUGACAGUCUAGCUGACUGUUACACAAGAGAAUCCAGUCUACUGCUUAUUCAAGAUCAUGAAGAAUUGAGACUCAUACAAAACCUGAUAAACAAAAGAGGAAUUCUGUUUUGGAUUGGAUUAAACUUUACAUUAUCAGAGAAGAACUGGAAGUGGAUAAAUGGAUCCAUUUUAAAUUCUAAUAUAUUACACAUUUCUGGUGAUGUUAAAGAAGACCACUGUGUUUCAAUAUCAAGAACACAACUUAUUUCUGAACGCUGUGCUGCAGAAAAUAGAUGGAUCUGCCAAAAAGCUAAACCUGUCAGAAGUAAAGUCACAUGUUCCUCCAAUUGA